AUGUUGAUCGCUAACGGUCAGCUGACUCUACUCUACCUCCGUGUAAGCGACCCGCCGAGAUCGAGAAAGUUGAUGAUUCCAACUACUGCCGGUUCCACAGCUGGCGCAAGAAGGUUUGGAGCACUGCAACCAGUCUCUAUACCCGUCGAAGAGAUGGAUCCUCUGGACACCGAAGUUCGGGUCAUCCCUGAUUACUCAGAAGAGAUACCGCGGGGGUUGGUAGCCGUCAAUAGCCCAGAUGGAGAUAUAAUGUGGGGAGACCCCGAUCUCAAUGAGGAUGACGAUUGGGAAGUGGUUACCCCAAAGAAUUAA